AUGGCGUCCCCCCCUUUAAGCGCCGGAGAGAUUGAGAAAGGUCCUGAGGUUUUGGUCUUGCCGUCAAUCACAGAGAUCAGAAACAGUUCGGAUAUAAGCAAGUUCAACAACAAGGCCAGCAUCAACUACGGUAGUGUGGAGGAUUUGAGUCUCAAAGCCAAAAAGCCUGAUGCAUUCCCAGAAACGCAGUCCGUGGUUGACGAGAAGCAAGUGGUGGUCGAGCUGAUACCUGAUCCCGAUGACGACAACGAGGAAGAGUUUGUUGCAGCUGAGGUUGUCUUUCCCGACGGAGGCAAGAAGGCGUGGUUAUGUGUCGUUGGCGCGUUCUGUACGCAGUUCUGUUCGUUUGGAUGGGUAAACACGUUUGGCAUUUUUCAAGAGUAUUACCUACGGAAUCAGCUUUAUGGAUAUUCACCUACCACAGUUUCCUGGAUCUCCACGCUCCAGUCUUCGAUUAUGUUCAUGGGUUGUCUGAUUGUCGGAAGACUUUUCGACUCUUAUGGACCGAGAUACUUGCUAAUUGUCGGCACGGUACUGGAAGUGGGUGGUAUUAUCAUUACUUCAUUCAGUAGGAAUUAUGCCGAGAUCCUGAUAUUUCAGGGAAUCGUGGCACCAAUGGGCGCAGCAUGUGUUUUUAAUGUUGCUGUGGGUUGCACCUCUAGCUGGUUUAAGCAGAAGCGUGCGCGAGCGCUAGGAAUAAUGUCUGCCGGAUCAAGUGUAGGAGGCAUCAUCUACCCGUUUCUGAUCCGCAAACUUGCUGCCGAGACCUCGUUUGGGUGGAUGAUGCGUGCCUGCGGCUUCAUGAUUCUGGCAUUGCUGAUCGUGGCAAACUUCACGAUCACGUCGAAUGUCGCUCCGCGCGGACGCUGGAUGCCGUUGUAUCCAAAGGACAUUUACAUACAGUUCCAGGACAUCAACUUUACGCUCAUUGCGAUCUCGUUCUCUCUUGGUUUUGUUGGGUUUACUCUUCCCUUCACAUAUAUAGUGUCUAAUGCGCGCUAUCAUGAUGUCGACGACGGCCUGGCCACGUACCUGGUAUCAAUCUUGAACGCCUCAAGUAUCUUUGGCCGCAUCAUUCCCGCAGUCCUGGCAGAACGCGUUGGCCAGUACAACAUGAACUCCGCUGGAAUCCUCCUAGCAGGAGUUUCGACUCUUGCGAUCUGGAUCCCAGCUCGUGCCGCAGGAGUCCACGUUCUUUACGUUAUCUUCUACGGCUUCUUUUCAGGCACGUUCGUCGCCCUCGUGCCUGCCUGCACAGCAAAGAUCAGCCACAUCCAAGAUAUCGGCACGCGCGUCGGUCUGAUAUUUGCAUGCCUGAGUCUUGCAAACCUGGCGGGUGUGCCACUGGGCGGUGUCAUUCUGGGCGACGGCACUCAGCUUAGCCGGUGGUCUGGCAUGAUGGCGUUUGCUGGCGCGUUUCUCACUUUGGGAGGAUUCGUCAGCUGGAUUGCGAGGAUCAAACUCGUAGGUUUCUCGUUACGGGCUGUGUGCUAA